UGGCAAGCAUGUUUCUUGCAAAACAGCUGUCAGUUGUUCAAGGCCCCUUGAAAAUAGAUCGUCGUUCUCCUUUGUGAUUGAACUUUGCAUUCAAAACAAAAGUCAAAUAUUGAUUUGGUUUGUGCUAUUUGUGUGAUAAAUUAUCCUUUUAAUUGUUUACAAACUCAGCCAGUGAUUUAAACCCCAAAUUUCUGCUUUCUGAGUCAAAAUGGGAGCAAUUUUGGGGGUGUUCUCAGUUGCUCAGCUGGCAUGUUGUUGCGGAAGUGCAGCAUGCAGUUUAUGCUGCGCCGGGUGUCCUUCAUGUCGCAACUCAACAUCGACUCGCAUAAUGUAUGCUGUUAUGCUUCUCAUUGGAACCAUAGUGGGCUGCAUAUUCCUCGCUCCCGGCUUACAGAACGAAUUGAAAAAGGUGCCAUUCUGCGACAACUCGACACUGACAGGACAUAUAGUACCGCAAUUUGACUGCAGCAAUGCAGUGGGCUACAUGGCGGUGUAUCGACUCUGUUUCGCGCUGUCUGUAUUCUUCUUCCUCAUGGCCGCCAUUAUGAUAGAGGUGAAGUCGUCACGUGAUCAUCGGGCCGGGUUGCAAAAUGGGUUCUGGGGCCUGAAAUAUCUGGUGGUGAUAGCGAUAAUGGUGGGCGCUUUCUACAUUCCCGAGGAGCCGUUCGGCUCAAAAUGGCGCAUGUUCGGCCUGUUCGGCGCGUCGGUCUUCAUCAUCGUCCAACUCAUCCUCAUCAUUGACUUUGCGCACUCGUGGGCCGAGUCAUGGGUCGGCCACUACGAAGAGACUGAGUCGAACAAGUGGUAUGCGGCUCUUAUGAUCGCAACUCUCACCAACUAUGCUCUCGCUCUCACCGGCAUUGUAUUACUCUAUGUAUUCUUCACACAGUCGGAUGACUGCACCCUGAACAAGGUGUUCAUCACAGUGAACCUGAUUGGAGCGAUUGUGGCCAGUGCCAUCUCGAUCCUGCCCAACGUUCAGGAGAUGCAGCCUCGCUCCGGUCUCCUGCAGUCGUCGGUCGUCAGUCUCUACAUGGUCUACCUCACCUGGUCCUCUCUCUCCAGCAAUCCCGACAGCCAAUGCAACCCUGGUUUCUUCCUGGGCAUAGGCAAGAAGCAGCCGGCCAACGGUGGAGAUAUGCAGCACUUUGACUCGCAGAGCAUUGUAGGUCUGGUGGUGUGGAUGUGCUGUGUGUUGUACUCCAGUCUGCGAUCAGCCUCCAAGUCGGAUCGGUUCAACAUGUUCGAGCAUGCGCUGGUCGGCGAUAAUGGCGGAGGUCGCUCCCACGAUGUUAACCUCAUCGGCAAUGAAGAAGGCGGAAGUAUCGAUGGCGGUGAGUCCGGAGCAGCAGCCGCCUCUGACAAGGGAGGCGAACACAAGGUGUGGGACAACGAAGAAAAUGGCGUAGCUUAUUCAUGGACAUUCUUCCAUCUGAUGUUCGGUCUUGCCACACUCUAUGUCAUGAUGACGCUCACCAAUUGGUACACCCCGAACUCCAGUCUGGAAACGCUGAACGCAAACACUGGCUCGAUGUGGGUGAAAAUCAUCUCGUCGUGGUUCUGCCUCUCUCUCUACAUCUGGUCGCUGAUUGCACCUAUCGCUCUGCCUGAUCGCCAGUUCAACUAAUCACAUCUCACUAAUUAUAUUGUUUCUCACACCCAGUUCUACAGCAGUAUGAAAAUAAAUUAUUAACUUCAAUUAGUUUUAUGUACUCAUAGUCAUUGAAUAAGUAAAUAUCUGGUGAUAAAAAUUUAUUCUCUAGCUGUAUUAUACCCAGAAUUGUUAUAAUAUAUUCAUAAAUUCUAGUAUCUUUAUAAAAUUAUCUUCCACUAUUAAAUUAAAAUACAUUCUAUGUGCGUUAAAGUUGCAUACUUUUACACUGAACCGUCUCUCUCUUAUAAUAUCAGUCUCUAUCUUUAUCUAAAAUCACUAUUGAAAUAAUAAAUAAAUAACUUGCAAGUAGUGUGAUAUAAUAUUAUAUAUAUUUCCUAUUAUUCUCAAGUUCAUGAUAAAUUGUUUGUGUAUAUAGUUUAUGUUAUGAGAGUGAAUUUUAUUUUAAUUAUGCCAUUUGUUUUAUUGUCGUGAUUUUGAUACUUAAAUUUGUGAAAUUUGAAUUUGUUUAGCUUCUUCUAUCAUUGUCUUUAUAAGUGAAUAAAUAAAUUAUCUUUAUUCCAAAA